UUAGGGAGUCCUGUCACCAUCUGGUGUGAGGGGACCAGAGAAACCCAAACAUAUGUGCUACAUAAAGAGGGAAGUCCAGAACUCUGGGACAGACAGACCCAAAAGGAUCUCAACAAUAAGGCAAAAUUCACUAUCCCUUCCGUGACAACACUGCAUGCAGGGAACUAUCACUGUUACUGUUACAGCUCUGCUAGGUGGUCACAAAACAGUGACACCUUGAAGCUGGUGGUGACAGGAGUCUAUCCCAGCAAAGUCUCCUUGUCAGCCCAGCAUAGCCCUGUGGUGACCUCAGGAGGGUAUGUGUACCUUAAGUGUUUCUCUCAGCAUGGAUAUAACAGGUUCAUUCUAAUUAUGGAAGAUGAGAAAUUCUCCAGGGCCAUGGACUCACAGUAUACAUACUACAGGGACUUCUGGGCGCUGUUCAAUGUGGGUCCUGUGAAUCCCCAAAAGAGAUGGAUUUUCACAUGCUAUGGCUAUUACUGGAACAGCCCCCAGCUGUGGUCAGUAUCCAGUAACCAUCUAGAGCUCCUAAUCUCAGGGACCCUCCACGAACCCACCAUCUGGGCUGAGCCAGGCACGCUGAUCACCUUAGGGAGUCCUGUCACCAUCUGGUGUGAGGGGACCAGAGAAACCGAAAUAUAUGUGUUACAUAAAGAGGGAAACCUAGAACCCGGGGACAAACAGACCCAAAAGAAUGACAACAAUAGGGCAAAAUUCACCAUCCCAUCUGUGACAACACUGCAUGCAGGGAAAUAUCACUGUUACUCCUACAACUCUGCUGGGUGGUCACAGCGCAGUGGUACCCUGGAGGUGGUGGUGACAGGAGUCUCCAUCAAACCCAGACUGGUAGCCCUGAACAGCCCUGUUGUAACUGUAGGACAGUCUGUGAUCCUCUCAUGUACCUCAAAUCAGAGAUACAACAGGUUCAGUUUAAUUAAGAACAAGCAGAAGUUUUCCAGCUCCAUGGGCUCCCAGAAUGUAUAUACUGGGCUGUCUUCUGCCAGGUUCCAAGUGGGUCUCAUGACCUCCAGCCAAAGAUGGAGUUUCAGAUGCUAUGGCUAUCACACAAGCAAGCCUCAAGUGUGGUCAGAAGGGAGUGACAUCCUCGAGCUUCUAGUCUCAGGGACCCUCCAGAAACCCAGCAUCUGGGCUGAGCCAGGCUCUGUGAUCACUUCAGGGAAUCCUGUGACAAUCUGGUGUGAGGGAACAAUGGAAACUCAAAUAUAUUUCCUGUAUAAAGAAGGAAGCCCAGCACGCAGGAGCACAUUAACUGCACCAGUGCCUGAUCACAGGGCUAAGUUUUUCAUCCCAUCCAUGAGAGAACACAAUGCAGGACGAUAUCGCUGUUACUGUUAUAACUCUGCUGGGUGGACAGAGCACAGUGACACCCUAGAGCUGGUGGUGACAG